AUGUUCAAAAUCACAGAAUAAUAACAUCUACUGUUGUAAAAAUUAGCAUAGAGUCGCAUCGAAGAUAAAUAAAGACUACCAAACAAUUAAAUCAGAUCUCUUAGACCCUCAAUUUUCUUAAAUGAUAUAAAUAGUAUUGUAGAUGGUUCUUUGCCUUCUAUUUAAUAAUCAAAAUAAGACUAAUAAGAAGGAUUAUCUAAUAAACAUCCAGAAAUCAUAUAAAUUUUAUCUGAAAGAGAAUAUGUUAAACUCCCAAAAAUUGGAAGAUUCUCUCAUAUUCUAAAAUCUCCCAAAACUGAAGUUAAUUAGUAGAAAUUAUUAUCACUCUAAAACUCUCCAAUCAGAAACAAUUCAGAUCCUUAAUAGAUAGGAAAUAAAUAUUUUUCAAAAACACCUAUAAAAAAUGCUGAAGUUCUAGUUUUAUAAACAAAUUUAAGUAUUAAGAAAAAGAGUGUCAAAUUCAACCCUGAAAUUGAAACAAUUAAUGAAGCAGGGUUUAUUGAAAGAGAAAUCAUAGAAAUCCCCAAGAGAUAAAGCAGAUUCAAAAGAAACAAUUGGAAACUUCACACUUAAAUAAACUGA